AUGGCGCGCGCCAGCGGCCUGCGGAGCGGCCCGCCCAUCGCGUGGUCCAUCGCGGGCAGUGAUUCCGGCGGCGGCGCGGGCGUCGAGGCGGACCUGCGCACGUUUCGAGCGCUCGGCGUCCACGGCUGCGCGGUCGUCACGUCGCUCACGGCGCAGAAUUCGCUGGGCGUCGCCGCGGCGCUGGAGACGCCGCCGUCGCACGUCGCGGCGACGAUCGCCGCGCUCGAGUCCGACCUCGCGCCGGCCUGCGUCAAGGUCGGCAUGCUGAGCGGCGCGGGCGCCGCGCGCGAGGUCGCCGCGUUCCUGGAGCGCAACGCCGCGUGCCGGCUCGUGCUGGACCCGGUGCUCGCGUCGAGCUCCGGGCGGCCGCUCCUCGACGCCGCGGGCGUCGCGGUCCUCGUCGGCGAGUUGCUGCCGCGCUGCGCCGUCGCGACGCCGAACGCGCGCGAGGCCGAGGCGCUCCUGGGCCUCGAGCCGGGAAGCGUCCGGACCGCGGGCGACGUCGAGGCCGCCGCGGCCGCGUUCCUCGGCCGCUUCGGCUGCGGGUCCGUCCUCCUCAAGGGCGGCCACGUCGACCUCGGCGACGCGGCGGACUUCUGGACCGACGGAAACCGCACCGCGUGGCUCGCGGGCGGCCGCGUCGCGGGCCUCGGCGCCGGCGGCGCGCACGGCACGGGCUGCGUGCUCUCGUCGGCGCUCGCGGCGGCGCUCGCGCGCGGCGACGAACUCGCGGACGCCGUCGUCGUCGCCAAGGCCUUCUGCGGCGCGGCCAUCGCGCGCGCCGCGGCGGCGCGCGUCGGCGCGGGGCCGCCGCCGGCGGACGCGCCGCCGGCGUGG